AUGGAUUUUGGACCAAUUUGCGCUAGUGCUUGUAUACAAUUACCACAUAUGAUUCGUGGAGAGGGUACAGCUACUGAAAUAGCUUGUGUCAGUGGUGCUAUGACAACAUAUUCAAUAAAAAGCGAUUCUCAAUUAGUCACAACUGUUGAUUUUGGAAUAUAUUUAGCUCAAAUUCUUGAUAAGUAUCCAUCGAUUCAACAUAGAAUUGCUUUUUAUUUACCACAUUUUGUUAAUAAAUUUCAAAAAUGA